AUGCGCAACAACCAGAUUGAAGUGAACGUUUGGCAUUCCAAUGCGGCUGCAGGAUCCUUCCUGGACAUGAGGAGCUGGCAAAGGGCCGCCCACCUGUGUGCAAUGAUGCCUAGUGCCGCCCUCAUGCCAGACGUUACAACUGCUGCGGUAUUGACGAGGGCCUUCAUGGAAAGUGGCAAGUGGAUUUCAUCUCUCACGCAUCUCCGAGACAUGACAACUAUGCGAGCAGACAUCAGCAGGCACACAAAGUCCUUCUUAGCUCCCUGCGCGGCCAGAAAUAGCUGGCGGCUAUCCUUUUGGUUCCUUCGAAGCUCUGCAACGCUGCAGUUGCAGCUAGACUCGGUCAGCAUAGUAGAGGUCAUCAGUGCUUGCAAAGCAGGCACCCUCUGGACACAGGCUCUUCAACUCCCUCUGACGCUGUCGAUUACAGCCAUGAACUCUUACCUCGAUGUUGUUUCAGCCGGAAGCAGAUGGAGAGACAUUUUGGACAUGCUGAUUGGAAUGAACCGCCUGCGUCUUGAGUUCGAUCAGAUUUCCGCAAACACCGCCCUCAACGGUGUGCAGCGGAAUCAGCAAUGGCAGGUGUCUCUGUCAUGUCUCACAGAUUUCGUGGAGCAAUCGCUCCAGGAGGACAUUGUAACGCAUGGCUCAGCGGUUCCGCUGGCCGCAGGGACAUGGCGGAAGUGCCUUGCGUACACGUCUGGGAUGCUCUUUCAGGGAACAGCGGUGACCCUCUUGAUUUGGAACUCUGUCCUGAACGCUGUAUCGGUAGAGGCACGGUGGUUGCAAGCCGCUGAGCUGUUAGGUCAACUGUCACGAAGGUCGGAGCAAUGCGACCAGAUCAGCUUCACUGCUGGCAUCUCCGCGGCGCAUUUAGCGCUCCAGUGGCAAACUUGCACUGCCCUGGCGGCUAAGAUGUCCCAUGGCUCGAUCAAGCAUGAUGCAAGAAGCUGUUCCUCGCUGAGCCGUGCCUGUAUUUCAUGGCAGGGAGCCUGCACAAUGCUGCGAAAGAUAUGCAGAGAAGUCCGGGCCGACACCAUCAUGCAAAACUCGUAUUUGGACAUGUUCACCGAGUCGGACUGGGCAUGGGCAUUGGACAUGUCCAACGGUAUGCAAAACUCUGGGACAGCUAUGGAUGAAGUCAGCUGUGGGACGUUGAUCAGCACCUGCCAGACGUGGCAAAGCUGGCCGUGGGCAGUGCAACUUCUUGGGAAGGUGAGGUUGCAACUCUGCCAUCAGUUCAUGUACCCACGCGCAGCGCUGGAGCGAUUCAUUGCUCUUGCUCCGCCAGAUGCUGAAAUCAUCGACCUCCUUUGCACAGAAGUGUGUGGCACGCCUUCCUUCUUGCAGGGCAGUUCUUGA